CGUCGGAGUGCACUCGGCCAUUUCCGUCCGUAGCCAGCCGGUGGUGUCACUCAACAACCGUGUAGACUUCAAACCACUCUAAACAUACCCCACGCUACUGAACAGGUAUUAUUUCAGAGAAAAGCUGUCAGAGAAGUUUCUCUGCUGUUGUUCUGAUGGUCAGUCAUGGAUGAAGACGACAGCCAAGAUGAGCUGAUCAACCGCAGUACAUCCCACAGCAAAGGGAAGAGAGCUGCAUUAUGGGUCAUUUCAGAUGACUCAGACGACUGUGAAGAGGAGUCAGAGGACGGAGAAUCUGACAGUGGUGAAGAAGAGGAAGAUCAAGGAAAUGGAGAAGAUGAUGAGGAGAAUGAGGAGGAGGAUGGAGAAGAGAAUGAAGAGGAGGAUGAUGAAGAAGAGGAGGAAGAUGCUAAGCCCAACAAUGGGGCUUUUGGGGGAACGUCUACAGAGUUUGCUGGGAUGAGCUCAGAUGAGGAUUCAGACAAGUGUCCCAUCUGCCUGAACUCAUUUAACAGUCAGCCUGUUGCUACACCAGAGAACUGUGAGCACUACUUCUGUUUCGACUGCAUCCUUGAAUGGGCCAAGAAUGCAAACUCGUGUCCUGUAGACCGUAUUGCCUUCAACAGCAUAUACCUAAGGAAAUGUUAUGGAGGCAAAGUGAAGAAAAUGAUUACAGUCCAGAAGCCUGUGAAGGAAGGUCAAGAAGAAACAGUAGAUUUGACCCUGGAGCAGACAAACUGUGAAGUGUGUGGAGGCAGUGACCGGGAGGACCGCCUCUUGCUCUGUGAUGGCUGUGAUGCAGGGUAUCAUAUGGAAUGCCUCACGCCUCCGCUUGACUCUGUUCCUGUAGAAGAAUGGUUCUGCCCUGAGUGUGAAGCCAACAACCGUAACUCAAGAGGUUCAGCUGAAGAACUUAAUGACACAGACAGCCUGCCCUCUACUGCCCGUCCUGCCACAAGUCGAUCACAGCCGCGUGGUGCAGGUCCCACCAGAGCCAUCGCCCGUACCCAGCAGAGUGAGAGGGUUCGAGCUAAUGUCAACCGACAUCGCAUCACACAGGCACGCACAUCGCAGUUGGCUCCCACAUAUCUAAUGCAGUCUACUUGGCUGGAUGAAACAAUUAAUGCUGUGGUGGCUGGACUCAACACAUCUGUGUAUAUACGAGACUUCGCACCUCGUAUCCCAUCAAGCCGCAGACGCAAGACUGGAAAGCGCAGAAAGGUGAGGAGUAAGAAGACUUCUUCUGCCAGUGGUAAGAAAGGUAAAGCGGCAACCACAGGAGUCAAAAGGAGGAAACGGAAAGUAAGGAGGACUAAAUCCAAGAAAAAAAUGAUGUUGAAAAAGAAACUCACUGCUCGAAGCCGCAUUGCUAAUAAUCUUGGAAUUGUAAAAGACAAGAAGAGCUCUUCACUUCCAACAGUAUACCGGCCGUCAGAGCACACGCUAAGCAACAUGCGCGCUGACAUAGGAGCUGCAUCUCUCUCUAUCUAUGGAGAUCCGUUUGACCUGGAUCCUUUUGUGGAUCGUGAAGAGGAUGAGCAGCAGGCCCACGUCACAUCACUGUUGGAGGCCAAGAGACGAGGGAUCUCUCGCUCUGCUCUUCGCUCUCACCAGCCUGUGGCUCGGCCAGUCACUGCAAGCCUUUCCAGGAGGGGUUUGGAUGUCCCCCGUUCAGCGGAUGUUGUGGAGGCAACUCCUGUGCCUGAUCUGCUGGGCAGCAUCCUAUCAGGACAAAGCAUGCUCUUGAUGGACAGCUCUGAUGUCGUCAUUAAUCGAGACGGUUCGCUUAAAGCUACAAAGCCAAGUAAGUUGAUGCCAUCCACAUUAAUGCCAGGUUGCAGCAAAAACAGUAGCUCAGGAGAUACCAGCACCCUCCACCACCCGGGGAUGUCACCUAACCAAGGAGACACUUCUCUUCCUCUCCACCAUAAUGGAGAUCUGCCAGGAUCCUCCUGUAGCUCUAUGAACAGACCUUUAUCACAGAGUUCGUCUCACUUACCCCCCUUUAUGGCCUCCUCAGCCAACCACACUCCACCACCUCCUCAUUCUGAUUUGCCACCCAGAGGACAUCCAAGCUUGCAUCCGUCUCGUCCAAGCAGACCCACCACCACUCCUAGUCCCUGGGGAAUCAAUGGAGUUGAAGCCCGCAGGGAAGCCACCUCCUCUUCCGUCCACCCUUCCCCAGACUCCAGUUCUAAGAGCAAGGGAAUGGCUCCAUCACAAUCCCAACCUAAAAAAGCACCUACAAAGCCCAUGUGGGUAGGUGUGUCUGUGCUUCCUAGGAUACCAAAAAUAAAAAGGGAGGGUUGCAGUGUCACAACUGGUGGUACUAGUCAAAGUGGUAGUAAUAGAGAUAGUAGCAGUAGGGGAAGUAGCAGCCAUUCUGUCAUUGGUAGCAAUGGUUACGGCAUGCCUGAAACAAGCAUGAACAGCCUUGCUGGGGACAAAGGAAGGCAGCAAAGUGUAGACCAGCAAAAGGGCCAAUCUGACGGUCAGACCCAGAGGCAUAGGUCUGAUGGAGCAAGCUCGUCAUCUGCCUUCUCCAACUCUUUCGCUUCUUCUUCCUCUUCCACUGGCUCUCUUGCCAGCCAGUCUCGAUAUUCCUCAUCUUCCUCGUCUUCAUCAACAGUGAGCUUCCGUAUUAACUCCAGUGGAAACUCCUGGCAUUCAAGGCGGCUAAACAUUGCAUCAUCCCCUGCUAGUGGAAACACUAUGCAGGAAAACUGGAGAAAAAAGGAAGAUGAAGCAAGAAAGAGACAGUUGCACAGAGAUAAACAAAUGCUGCUGGCAUCACGUACGCCGGUCGGUAAGGAGCAGGAAAAUAAUAUGUACGAUCCCUUUAAUCCCACUCUGUCUGAUUCAAGCAGCUCAGGCGAUGAAGCCGAGAGCACAAGCUUAGAUAGCAGCUCUCGACAAGUCACCAAUGAGAGGAAGUCCUCUAGUUUAGGAAAGAAAGAGGGCUUAGUGCAAACUCAACAGGACCUGGUACAGGUAAAAACUGAAACACAGGAGACUGAGGUGUCACAGGAAGAACCAAGGAGAGCUCAGGAAACCAUAUCACAAGAGGUCAGGGGCUCAGAGCUCAGUGUGAAGGCUGAAAGAGAAUCAAGAUUAAAAGACAUAAAGACAGAGAAACAGACACUAUUGCUUAACACUAAAGUUAAAAAAGAACCAGGGUUAGAUGAUGCAGAUGAAUUAGAAGGAUGUGGUGACAAGUCAAAGAGUUAUUUGAAUUCACAGACCACAGAUGCCACAUCUACUGCACAUCAGAGUCUGGAGCAUUUAAAGACUGAAAGAGAGCCUCAAGAGGAGGAGAAUGGACACUGUGCUGUAACUAACUAUAAGGAUGAUUCAUCCAGAGCAUCCAGUUCUGCUACCACCAAGAAGAAACAAAAAGAAGAAACAAAAUCAGAAUCCCCGUCCUGUUCCAAGUCACCAUUAAGAGAUUUGGGCCAUAAGAAGAAGACUUCCAAAGAUUUGAAGGAGCAACACUCCAGCAGUUCAGAAACAGACCGUGGCAGAAGAGAUGAUCAUCAUGUCUCAGGUCAGGGAGACAGGCAGAAAGAAAAGGACAAAGAAAGGAGUUCCAGGCGGUCACGAUCUAGAGAGAGGAGAAGGGGUCGUUCAGUCUCUGACAGCUCUCAGCCCAAUUCCCCCGAUAGAUCUCGCAGAAAGAGACGGCGAUCCCGAUCACGAUCCAAAGAUGAGACAAGGAGGAGACGAUCCAGGUCUGGUUCUAGCUCUAGCAGCAGGGAGCAUUCAAGGAGGAGGAAACAGAAACGAAGAAGCAAGGAGAGGUAUGAUGACAGAGAAAGAGACCACGAGAGAAGACGAGUCUCAAAGGACAAGAGACGUGGUCGCUCUCGCUCAAAAUCCCAUUCAAAGUCACGUUCUAGGUCCAGAUCUAGAUCAAAGGACUGUAAGCAUGGACCAUCAAAAUCCCGGUCCAGAUCCAGAGAAAGGAGGAAAGAUCACACCAGACCACAGCAUCCCUCAGUCUCCUCCCGGGACAAAGUGGGAUCACGUUCUAAAGAUAAAAGGAGACACAGGUCUAGAUCCAACUCAAGAGAGAGAAGGAAAGAAGAAGUGUCAUCCAAAACUGCACAGAAAACUUCAGGGUCAUGUGUUUCAUCCUCCAAAGACACAAAGCGGUUACAGGACAAGAAAAAAGAGAAGGCUAUUACUCAAAGCUCCAUCCAAGAUGGAAAAGUAGAUAAGGUGAAUAAGCAGGAGCUUCCCUCCCGUUCCUUUGCUUCUAAAGUCAAAAAAGAAAGCAAAGACCUUGGAUCAGACAGCCAGGCCACAUCUACAGAACUGACAAAACCAAUUAAGGCUGCAAAAGAAAUUAAGAAAGAAAAGCAACUAUCUCUCGAUAUGUUUGAAGAUUGUCCUAUUGACAAACCAAUUAAGAAAGAAGAAACAGACACCCCUUGUUUGACAGUAAACAAAAACAUAGAUGACAGAAUCAAGGCCUCCAUUAAGAUUGAGGCUUGUGAAAUAUCUGUAACUAAAUCAGAGCCAAGUUCCCCAGAGUUAUGCAGCUUACUCCCUGUCAACUCAUCUUCUACAAUGACCACACCUGUUAAAGCAGACAGCCUCCAGGACACAGUCUCACAGUCUCGUCCAGUGUCAGUUGACUUUGUCAAACAACAAAACACUGUAGAGUUGGCUGUCCCUGUAAAACAAGAAGUUCAGCAACCCUCGGACUCUGAUGAUGACUUUAAUGUUGAUGUGAUGCUGGACAACCUGGAUUAUGUGAAGUCUGAGGACACAGAGGGGAGUGAAGCAGCUGUUAAACAGGAGAAAGAAGAAAUGGAGGGGAAGAAUGAGGCAGAGCCUGUAUUGACUUUAGUGGGAGCGAAAUCCAAGACUCAAGUGAAGCGGGUCACGUGGAAUAUACAGGAGCCUGAGGGACCUCAACCAGAAAAAUCUGCAAGCAAGGUGGCGCUGUAUAAGUUGAAGCUGAAGCAAGAGGGGAUUCGCAGACCAUCUUUAGCAGUCCAGACAUCCAGUCAGGACAUCACUGGAGCCGUCUGUGACGCCCCCAAGAAGGUUGCUGCUGUUGUUUCGCUCAGUACGUCCUCUAAAUCUGAUGGCGUGCAUCCUGGGGAGUUAUCAUCCACUGGGCAAGGAGAGGGCGAGGAAGGGGAUUUAUCGAGGAAAGACAAGCAGUAUUUAAAAAAGCUGCAUAUGCAGGAGCGAGCUAUUGAGGAGGUAAAGCUAGCUAUCAAGCCUUUCUAUCAGAGGAGAGACAUCAACAAGGAUGAAUACAAGGAGAUUCUACGUAAAGCUGUCCAGAAGCUGCAGGACUUGGUAACAUCCAUGACCAGCAGUGAGAGGUGCUCUAUCAGCAGAGGGUGUGAACGUGACCAAGCAGGGACUUCCCUCUCUUCAAAUGGGCCACAAAGGCAGGAUGGUCAGCAACAGAACAUCAGCACCAGCAGAAAGGCACCCGCUUUUGUUUGCAUUUAAUGGAUGCUGCCCAUUCACUUAGAUGUUCAGAGGGAGAUGAUGCCACAUCUGGUCCAGCUGAUGGAAGGUCUUGAAGUUCUCUGACUGGCCUCGACUGAAGAUGGUCGUCUCACUGGAUUUAAGGUUCAGAUGCUCAGUAACAAACUCCACCAAUGUGUCAACAGGGAAGCUUUAGGUUUAUUAAAUGUUGCUAUGAAGGUUUCGCUGUUUUUCUUUGUGAAUGCAAUGUGCUCCAACUGAAACUUGAAUUAGAACUUAGAAGUAAAUCCUUCCAUCUGAAAGGAUUUAGUUGCAUUAAUAACCUCAUAACAUUCUAAUUUUUAUUCCAGUCUUGGUUGGAAAUAGAAUCUCUGUAUUGAUUCAGGUAAAAACUGAACUUCACAGCAUGUUGGAGCAAAACAACCAGAUGAAAACUGUGAUGGUGUUGGAUUGUCAGACCGUAAUGUUGCAGCUCAAAGCAGCUUUUCUAGCUCAGUUCAUUCUGACAUUCAGCUAUGAAUCAACACAGCAGAUGGUGAUCCAUGCUGUGGAAGUCUCACAUCUCCUGAUUUAAUGGAGCUGCUUUGCACUUUUUACACUGUUUAUUCACCAACACUUUAUUUAAUAAAAGUCCCAUCUAGUUUUUAUGAGGAAUGUGAUGUUUUAAUUUCUCUGUGAAUAACUGCAGUCUAAUGCAACAGCUGGAAUUGUAACAUCUGUCCUGAUAUUGAUCAUGAAGUAUUGAUCAGAAUACUUAUGGUUAGCAGUCAUCCCUGAAGUUUUACAUUAAAAUCUUUACUUGUGUUGUGAACUUUGGUAAGAAGCAGAAACUUUAGCGUUGCCAUGGAUACAUGAGUGUUAAAUUCUGUCCAUGUUUCCAUUUUGGGAAAUGCAGUCCAGCAGAUGAGUUUGUUUUUACUGCCAGCUACCAUUCAGUCUAUAUUAAGAAUAAAUAAAUGUGCAUAAUGUGGAAAUGAACAGAUUUUAUUUUUAUUUAUUCAUACAGGUGCUGCAGGGAAAGUUACAUAACGUGAAGGAAUUUAGUCUCACAAUAACAGACAAUAAAUAUUAUCCGAAAGUCUCUAGAAUAUCACGAUUUAUGUAAAUUUACCUCAAUAAUAUGAAUGUUCAGGUUAAGAUUGUGCUGUGAUAUUUGUUCUGUAAGUUUAGCUGAUUAAAGUUUAUGACUGCACUACGAUAUUUUUUAUUAUUUAAAUUUACAUCAUUGUUAUAAUAUUUAGGGUCAGACCCUACAGUGUUGAGAUUAAGAAAUUAAAUAUUCUAUAAAAUGUAAAUACACUGAACUCAUUUGGAUAUAUUUAAGUGAAACUCUACAAUAUUAUCUGACAUAAAUCUAAAUCAAAAUUUUAAUCAUUUUUACUCCAAACAUUUACUGGACUGAUUUAAAUAUUAAAAUCACUCCUUUCUAAUCCUUUGUUGUACGUUCAAACCUGAGGCCUUAAAUAGAAACACACAAGUAUCUGAUUGAAGGAACUUCUGCAGAGUCCUGGUUCCAGAACAUGAUGAUAGAAUUAUAGACAAACUUUAACAAAAGCUGCCUGAGAGUUGACAGGUGUUUAUGUUAGAUUUCUUCACUAAUUUAAUGAGAGUUAUCAGCAAAAAUCAAGUGUUCAUUCGAUGAACUUGAUUUCCUAAAACAUACAGAAUUGGAGCUCAUAUCUUUGGCAGCUGUAAAGUUUCUGCUCCUUCAAAGUUCACAACACAAUGAAUGAAUUCCUAAAACACUCUAAAUGCUGGAGAGCGUUUGUGAUGCUGAAGCAGUGAUCAGUUUUUCUGUUUCUUCUCUGGAGAUGCACAAUGAGGGACGUCUGCAGAGACUGAGAAAGAGUCUCACCACAUCCUGACAUGAGGAAAAAGACUUUAUUGAAGACUACAAUGAGAAAAACUAUCAGACAGCAGACGGCUGCAUUCAAGGUGAGCUCUGAACAUUUGAUCUGGAACAGGAAUUCAAUAACGGCAGCAUGAGCUUCAUUUCAGUCUGUAGCUGCUGAAUUCAUGGAUGAAUCAUCUGGCACUAGAGAAGAAGACCAUCAAACAUCCACGUCAGCUGAUGGAGGUCCAAGAGCCUCACCCAACAAACAACCUACAGAGUGAAGACCUCAAAUCUGAUUGGACGGCCUCCUAUUCAGCCACAUGUGUGAACAAAUGCCUCUAAGCUGAUUUGUUUUCUAAAAUAAAUCUAGUUUGAGUCCUAA